GGGGGGGGGGGGGGGGGGGGGGGGGGGGAAAGGGAGCGGGCGGGUCGCAGGAAUGACAGUCGGAGCCUUGUUAAGUCCGAGGCCACGAUCUCUUUUUUAUCUCGAAAAAUCCCCUCAGAACGGGACUCUCCGGUUUUCUCUGCUUCGAGAACCCGGUCAGAACACUUACGGUCGGUCCCUGGUUGCUGCCGACGGUGUGCACCGGCUUGGUCUUGCACUUGGACGUCGCUCUGCCUAUCUAGCACAUCGGCUUUGGGGUCGGGUUCCACCCAACCACUGCGACCGCCAUGACGUCGGACACCACGUUCUCCGCAUCGCCGCCAAGCGCUGCUGCGCUGAAAGAGAUAGAGGAGGUUGCAGACGCUCAGAAGUCGCCAUCCUCCGCUUCUUCACUCACAGAGUCGUCGGGCUCGAGCGAUAUUAUCGAGCCCGUAUCGGAAUCCACGCUCGAGAUCACCAAGACCGAAGUGAGCGAGAAAAUUGUUGCUGUUGCUGUCGAUGAGAGACCAGAGACUCCCCCUCCGCCCUUCUCGGCCUUCUCCAAGAACCAGAAAUGGACCAUCGCGGGACUCUGCUCGCUGGCCGCCAUUUUCGGGCCCAUCUCGAGUAACAUCUAUGUGCCGGCCAUUCCGCAGAUUGUCAAGGACUUUCACAAAACUACCCAAACCAUUGAUCUCACAUUGACCGUCUACCUUGUUUUCCAAGCCGUGUCCCCCUCCUUCCUCUCCAACCUGUCCGACUUCCUUGGCCGGCGUCCGGUCAUUAUGGCUUGCAUGGCUCUCUAUAUAAUUGCCUGUAUUGGCAUCGCCCUGACUCCAACGUCAGACUUCUGGCUGUUGAUGGUUUUCCGCGCGCUGCAGGCCUGUGGCGGAUCGCCUGCCAUUGCUACCGGUGCGGGAGCAAUGGGAGACAUUGCCACGCCCGCUGAGAGAGGAAAAUACGUUGGGCUCUUCCAAGGCGUCGCGAUGGUGGGACCGGCGUUCGGUCCCACCAUUGGUGGUAUCCUAGUGCAGUACCUGAGCUGGCGGUAUAUCUUCUGGUUGUUGUCAGCGUGGUGUGGAGCGAACCUGAUCUGUAUCUUCUUCCUGAUUCCUGAAACCCUGCGUUCAAUUGUGGGCAACGGCUCGAUCCCUCCGCCUGCUCUGAACUGCCGCCCAACAGACUGGUGGAGACGGAUGAAGGCUAAAAGGACAGAGGAUGUCGAGACACAAAAUGUCCAAAGGCCGGAGAAAAAGCCCUACAAACCUUGGGCAAGCUUCAAUAUGCUGCUUUUUCCCGAAAUCCUCAUCGUCCUCGCGUUCAGCAGCUGCUCCUUCGCUUGCAUGUUUGCCUCUCUUACCGUUCUGUCGUCCGUCCUCGCCGAUGACUAUGGACUCAACAACGUUCAGAUUGGUCUUUGCUACCUACCGCAAGGCAUCGGGUGUAUGGUGAUUGGUGUCCUGGGCGGCCGGUUUCAAGACUGGUACUUCCAGCGCGAGAAGAAGAGGCUCAACUUCCACCCGAAACACCCUCGCGACUUGGAGGGAUUCCCCAUCGAACGGGUCCGGUUCGCCACGGUCCCGUAUUACCUGCCAUUCUGGGCCGCGGCCUGCAUUGGAUAUGGAUUCAUGUUGGAGAAGCGGGUCAACCUCGCAGGCCCAUUGGUUCUCAGCUUUUUCAUUGGAGCGGGCACGCAAUUCAGCUCUCAGACCUCCCAAUUGAUCCUCGUGGACAUGUUUCCGAGCAAUGCAGGCGCCUCGUCGGCAUCUUCCAACCUCGUCCGUUGCACCUUUAGUGCUAUCAUGACCGCAUGCGUCACUCCGAUGCUCAACGCGAUCGGUCUGGGCUGCACCUUCAUUAUCUUUGUUUCCUUAACUAUAGCCGCCUGUCCAUUCCUGCUUAUCCUGGCCGCCAAGGGACCAGGAUGGAGGAAGAAGAGGGCCAAGAAAUGGGAUCACAAAUAGAUUUGAGUUGGAAUAGAAUUUUUUUUUUUGGUUGUUUAUUUAUUUUUUGUUUUCUCUUUUGAUGAGGAGUCCAAGUCGGGCAGACCUACUUCAACUUCCGCCAUGUCUAAUUCCAAAAGAUACCAAUUGAUAUACGAGAUGAGUCAUUUUGAGCUUGGAAGCUCACCAUAAGACCCCCUGGUCAAUGGCUCCCACUGGGAGAGUCACUCGUGCGCGAGCCAUGGAUGGGGAAAUACAAUACAACGAUAAUCCAAACUCGGAGGAAAAACCCUACAUGCACGGCGCCAAGCUAUACCCACUAGCCGUGUGCUUAUUCCUCGACACGCAAAGAAUCCGAUCUCUCGCUAAAGGAGGAGAUGCAGUAGAUUGAGAUGGCGGGCGCGCUCUGUCCCUGAUCUGCAUGAUUGUCUGUCUCCUGUUGGCUCUGCAGUGCGGGGGGAGCACGUACCCAUAGCACAACAGCCGCGUAUGGGGG